AAAAGAAACUAUGCUGCGGCUCAGCCUCGGAGCUAGGUCCGGCUUUGUUUAUGUAUGUAGACUUCAAAGUUCAAAGGAUAAGAACGACAACACCCCCCUACCACCCCACCCCCCACCCCCCACCCCCCACAACACCCUUGUCUUGUACACGCGCGCGCGCACACACACACCGCCUCCACUUCAAAACUUUCCAGAGUCCACUUUCCUUUUUUCCAUCUCAUAUAGCAAUAACCUUCCUCUAGAAAACGCACGCACACACCACCACCAUUUUCGAACAAUACGAAUGGCUGAGGAAUGAAAGCUCAUUAGCAAUUGAGCUGAUAAAGAAACUAUUCUCUCUCUCUCUAAGAAAGCAAAAAAGGCUGGCGAUUGAAAAUCAAGAAACCCCUGUUUCUGAAGUCAAGCCUAAGAACAGGAGAAUCAUGGGAAGCGAUGAGGAGGAGAACCGAUGGCCGCCAUGGCUGAAGCCUCUGCUGAAGGAGCAGUUCUUCGUUCAUUGCAAAUUUCACGCCGAUUCUCACAAGAGCGAAUGCAAUAUGUACUGUUUGGAUUGUAUGAAUGGCGCCCUCUGCUCUCUCUGUUUGUCUCAUCACCGCGACCACCGCGCUAUUCAGAUAAGGAGGUCAUCGUACCACGAUGUGAUCAGAGUGAAUGAAAUCCAGAAGUAUUUGGACAUAAGCUCUGUUCAGACAUACAUAAUCAACAGCGCUAAGGUUGUCUUCUUGAACGAACGGCCGCAGCCGCGCCCGGGCAAAGGCGUCACCAACACCUGCGAAGUAUGCGAUCGCAGCCUCCUCGACUCCUUCCGCUUUUGCUCUCUCGGCUGCAAGAUUGUUGGAACAUCGAAGAACUUCCUAAAGAUUCGGAGGCAGUCGCCGGAGAAGAAGGCGGUGGCAUCGGAGUCCGAGGACUCCUACAGUAGCAGCAGUAGCCACGGCCGGAACACCACGAGAUUCCCUAGCUUCACGCCGUCGACGCCGCCGCGGGUGGCCGUGAAUUUCCGGUCUGCAAAGCGGAGAAAGGGUAUUCCCCAUAGAUCCCCCAUGGGAGGUCUCAUGAUAGAAAUAUAGGGAUCAAACUCAAACUACAUAUUAACUUAAAACACUUGCAUUAACCUUUAUGAAGAAGAAAGAUAAAAGAAAAGGUUUGGAGGUGUAGCUGUGUUUGUGUUACUCAAGUAUUAGCAGUUUGUAUACCACAUUGUAUAUAGAAGCAACUAUUGUAUAGAAAUGUGAAAUAUAGGCUAGAGUAGAAAAAGAAUAAGAUAAUGUGUAAAGUUUAGUGUGGAAGUUGGAAACAUAAGCCUUGAGUUCUAUGAAAAUAUAUACUUUGUAUA